UUGGUCAUUCUUGGCCUAUGCUUAAGGACACCUCAGUUUAUUUCAUGCCACAGGCUUUGAGUCUGAAUCCUUUAUAAGGAGCCUGUUGCUAUUAAUGUGGCUAGUUUUCUAGUUAAGGACAUUUAUUUUUUUUUAGCUACCUCAUUCAGUAACUACGUUUACAUGCACAUCAAAUACCGUUUAAGGUCAAUAUUCGGGUUGCGGCCAUAUUCCGAAUGCGAUGUAUGUUUAUGUGAGUCCAGGCAUAGGAAUAUCCCUGUAUACAGGCUUGUUGUAAGUAUGCCCGAGUUGCCAUUCCUAAAUACCUCUGUUAGCACCCACAGUUCCUUGCGGUUUGAGCAUGCGCAUAUACAGUACUGUGCAAAAGUUUGAGGCACAUGCAAAGAAAUGCUUAGAGCAAAGAUGCCUUCAAAAAUAAUGAAAUGAAAGGUUUCUACAUCCAAAAAAUAAUAAAUACGGUAAAGAGCAGUGAAAUGUAGUAAAUGAAACAAAGUCAAUAUUUGGUGUGACAAAAAUGUUGUUUUUUUUUUUUUUUUUAAAUAGUCUCAGGUAGAAUGAGUGCAGUUUUAUAAGGAAAUGAGCUGUAAGUUUUAUCGAGCAUCUUACAGAACCAGACAUCAUUAUGUUUUUUGUUGUUUUUUUUUUGUCUGAAAAGUGUCUCUUACCACUUAAUACGCUGCUUUCUUUACUGACAUACAAACAUUUUUAUGUAACGUUUUAAAUUUUGUGCUGGAAAACUAAUCUUUGGAAAUAUUAGUAAAAUGACGCAAUAAUGUAGUGAUGUCUCAGUGGUUAAAGGCUCUGGGUGACUGAUCAGAAGGUCAGGAGUUCAAACCCCAGCACUGCUAAGCUACCACUGUUGGGCCCCUGAGUAAGGCCCUUAACCCUCAACUGCUCAGUUGUAUAAAUGAGACAAAUGCAAGUCGCUCUGGAUAAGGGCGUCAGCCAAGUGCCGUAAAAAAUGUGUUUUGAAUAAAUGCAACACAUUUCUGAUUAACGCAGACGUAUUCCAGGGGUGAGAAUCAGAAUAUUGUCUUAAUCUGAAUCGGGUAAUCGACUCGACUCGGUACUAAUUACAAUAUUGGCAAAUUCUGACCAAUAUCACAAUAUUGAUGUGCAUGUAAGCGUAAUGUUUAUGAGUCAAAUGUUCAUUUACUUAUUUUAUACGUUUUCAAUGUGUUAUUUCUGUUAUCUGCGUGUAAUGAGAAACAGAAAUUCGUUUUCACUUUUAAUAAAGCCUCUUACUAGCUUAAUAAUGUCUUUCUGUAUUUCCUUGUUAUAUCGUAAGUAUAAGCUGUAGGGUUGUUGUGGGUUUUUUUUUUUUUUUUUGGUCCUCCUUAAUGGCGCAGUAUUUGUGUUCGCUGUGUGUUGUCAAUCCAGACACACAAUCUGCAUACCAGAAGGUGUGUUCGCUGCUAAAUAUUCAUCCCCACCCAGAUCAGCUGUGCUGCUUAAUUGAAUAGUAAUGGGUGUUUCUCUGUGAAAGCUGAGCACCUGAGUCAUAUGAGAGGAUACAGGUGUGGACUUUUUUUUCUCUCUCUCUCUCUCUUAUGGAAAUGUAUUCUUAUGAGGUUUUUUUUUUUUUUCUUGGAUGGAAAGUCAUGAGAAGGAAUUUGCGGGCUUGGCAGGGUGUCCAAAUCUGUGUGAUGGAGGUUUAACCUGUUUGUUUGGCUGCCUUAAAGUUGCCUCUCUUAAACAGCGAACGGAUAGAGGACGUAAUCAUAGUCGUACCGCUCCGUCUGUGGUGGCGUAUCAACAUGGGAAGUUGACACAUCCAGCUCUGAAAGGACGCUCAACACAGUCUUAAUGCAAGCUGAGGCUUAGACCUUGCUUCUUUUGUUUAAAAAAAAAAAAUGACUAACCAUCGAAGGAGCCUGUCUGAAAGCCUUGUGCUUGAGGAUAAUGACAAAAGAUAUCUGCAUGUCUCUGGAAUCAACCAUGAGGAAUGUCAAGAUGGAGAUGAAACUGUUGGUGCCAUGAAGAAUGAAAUCAUUGACAUACUGCAACUAACUGAACCAUACAAUGACAAGAUUCAAGUGCUGUCAAAGCCACACAUGAGAUCCAGUAAAAGCUUGGGAAAUUUGGAUAACAGAAUCAAAGCUCCCGAUGAGCUACGUAUGGAUACUUACAACAGGCUUUUCAAUACCAAAGUCAAGAGGUUUAUUAAAGGAAACCCACAACGAAAAAGUCAAGAUGUUGUCAGACCUAAUAUUGAUGUUAAAGGUGACUUCACAGAGCCAGAAUUUGGUUUGUCAUCUCCCAAAAUGGAUGCAGGAUAUAGUCGUUCUGACGUUUACAUUAAAGGGCUAACAAAUGACCUCAAUCCCGAAACCGGACUUCCAACUCCAAAUGUGGACUUAUCAUCAGGCAACGUGAACACGCCCAGGUUUAAAAUGCCAGAUUUUGGACUGUCAGCACAUAAAAUAAGGGCACCUGACAUUGAUCUCUCACAUCCUAAGAUUAAGGGAGAACUCAACUCACGAGACAUCACAACCCCAGAUCUCAAUGCACACACUCUAGAUAGACACAAGCCACAUUUAAAUUUUGAAGUUCCAUAUGAUGAUAUUGAUGUAUCUGGAUUCAGCAAUGACAUUAAGGCUCCCUCAGGAAAACUAAAAAUGCCAAAAUUUGGAGUAUCAGGACAUUUGCCCAAAGGAGGGGCUGAUGAACAAGACAUUAAGGUGACUCUCCCAGAAGCUGAUUUGAAGGCACCGAAACUGAAUGUGAAUUCCCCUGAUAUUGACAUUGAUAAUCAUACAGGAGAAUUCAAAAUGCCAAAAUUUAACCUUCCACGUUUUGAAGGACCUGACACUGAUGUGAAAGGAGAUUUAGAAAGGCCUAAUUUGCGUUGGUCUUCUCAUAGAUUUGAUGCAGAUGUUGAUGUUCCUGAUAUUGAUGGACCCAAAGCAGACAUGACACUUCCAGAUAUGGACCUACCAUCUGGUAAAUCAAAAAUGCCCAAAUUCAAGAUGCCUGAUUUUGGACACUCAAAAUCCAGUGUAAAGACACCCGAGAUGGAUCUCUCUCUGCCUAAGAUGAAAGGACAGAUAAACUCACCAAAUCUCACAGCACCAGAGUUCGAUACUGAUAUCCCAAUAGGUAAAAUCAAAGGACCAAAUCUUAAAGAACCAAAGCUUGAUAUAAACUCACCUGAAUUUAACAUCGAUGCUCCCUCGGGGAAACUGAAAAUGCCAAAUCUCAAAGUCCCAACGUUUAAGGGAGAUAUGGGUUCACCAGACAUGAAUUUGGCUUUCCCUGAAGCAGAUGUGAAUGGGCCAAAACUGAAUGUGAAUUCCCCUGAUAUUGGCAUUGAUGGUUCUACAGGAAAAAUCAAAAUGCCCAAAAUGAAAACACCUAAAUUUAGCCUUCCUGGUUUUAAAGGACGUGACGUUGAUGUAACAGGAGACUUAGAAAGGCCUGAUUUGAGUUGGUCCUCUCCUAAAUUUGAUGGAGAUGUUGAUGUUCCUGACAUUGAUGGACCCAAAGCAGGCUUUAAAGACAUGACACUUCCAGAUAUGGACCUACCGUCUGGUAAAUCAAAAAUGCCCAAAUUCAAGAUGCCUGAUUUUGGACACUCAAAAUCUAGUGUAAAGACACCUGAGAUGGAUCUCUCUCUGCCUAAGAUGAAAGGACAGAUAAACUCACCAAAUCUCACAGCACCAGAGUUCGAUACUGAUAUCCCAAUAGGUAAAAUCAAAGGGCCAACAAUUAAAGAACCAAAGCUUGAUAUAAAGUCACCUGAAUUCAACAUUGAUGCUCCUUCAGGGAAACUGAAAAUGCCAAAUCUCAAAGGCCCCAACAUUAAGGGACAUAUGGGUUCACCAGACAUGAAUUUGGCUUUCCCUGAAGCAGAUGUGAAUGGGCCAAAACUGAAUGUGAAUUCCCCUGAUAUUGGCAUUGAUGGUUCUACAGGAAAAAUCAAAAUGCCCAAAAUGAAAACACCUAAAUUUAGCCUUCCUGGUUUUAAAGGACGCGACAUCGAUGUAACAGGAGACUUAGAAAGGCCUGAUUUGAGUUGGUCCUCUCCUAAAUUUGAUGCAGAUGUUGAUGUUCCAGACAUUGACAUUGAUGGACCCAAAGCAGGCUUUAAAGACAUGACACUUCCAGAUAUGGACCUACCGUCUGGUAAAUCAAAAAUGCCCAAAUUCAAGAUGCCUGAUUUUGGACACUCAAAAUCUAGUGUAAAGACACCUGAGAUGGAUCUCUCUCUGCCUAAGAUGAAAGGACAGAUAAACUCACCAAAUCUCACAGCACCAGAGUUCGAUAUUGAUGUUCCAAAAGGUAAAAUUAAAGGACCAAAUCUUAAAGAACCAAAGCUUGAUAUAAAGUCACCUGAAUUUAACAUCGAUGCUCCUUCAGGGAAACUGAAAAUGCCAAAUUUCAAAGGCCCCAACAUUAAGGGAGAUAUGGGUUCACCAGACAUGAAUUUGGCUUUCCCCGAAGCAGACGUGAAAGGACCAAAACUAGAUGUGAAAUCCCCCAAUGUUGACAUUGAUAGUCCUACAGGAAAAAUCAAAAUGCCCAAAAUGAAGACACCCAAAUUUAGUAUUCCUGGAUUUAAAGGGCCAGACCUUGAUGUCAAAGGAGACUUGAAAGGGCCAGAUUUGAAUUUGUCCCUACCAUCAGGUAACAUUGAUGCUCCUUCAGGAAAACUGAAAAUGCCAAAUUUCAAAGGCCCCACAUUUAAGGGAGAUAUGGGUUCACCAGACAUGAAUUUGGCUUUCCCUGAUGCAAAUUUGAAAGGGCCAAAACUAGAUGUGAAUUCCCCUGAUAUUGACAUUGAUGGUCCUACAGGAAAAAUAAAAAUGCCUAAAACGAAAACACCCAAAUUCAGCAUUCCUGGUUUUAAAGGGCCUGACAUUGAUGUUAAAGGAGGCUUGAAAGGCCCAGAUUUGAGCAUGUCCUCUCCUAAAUUUGAUGCAGAUGUUUCUGGUCCUGACUUUGACAUUGAUGGACCCAGAGCUAAUGUUAAUGGUGUGACACUUCCAGACAUGCAUGCACCAUCAGGUAAAACAAAAAUGCCCAAAUUUAGGUUGCCUGGUUUUGGACUCUCAGGACCAAAAAUAAAGGCACCUGAGGUAGAUCACUCACUUCCUAAAAUGAAAGGAGAGAUAAACUCACCAAACCUCUCUGUCCCAGAGUUAGAUGUCAAUGUCCCAACAGGUAAAAUCAAAGGACCAACUCUUAAAGAACCAAAGGUUGAUAUCAGGUCACCGGACUUCAACAUCAAUGCUCCAUCAGGAAAACUGAAAAUGCCAAAUCUCAAAGGCCCCAACAUUAAGGGAGAUAUAAAUUCACCAGACAUGAAUUUGGCUUUCCCUGAAGGAGAUGUGAAAGGGCCAAACCUAUAUAUGAAUUCCCCUGAUAUUGACAUUGAUGGUCCUACAGGAAAAAUCAAAAUGCCUAAAACGAAAACACCCAAAUUUAGCUUUGCAGGUUUUAAAGGACCUGACACUGAUGUUAAAGGAGGCUUGAAAGGCCCAGAUUUGAGCAUGUCCUCACCUAAAUUUGAUGCAGAUAUUACUGGUCCUGACAUUAAUGGACCCAGAGCUAAUGUUAAUGGUGUGACACUUCCAGACAUGCAUGUACCAUCAGGUAAAACAAAGAAGCCCAAAUUUAGGUUGGCCGAUUUUGGACUCUCAGGACCAAAAAUAAAGGCACCUGAGGUAGAUCACUCGCUUCCUAAAAUGAAAGGAGAGAUAAACUCACCAAACCUCUCUGUCCCAGAGUUAGAUGUCGACGUCCCAACAGGUAAAAUCAAAGGACCAACUCUUAAAGAACCAAAGGUUGAUAUCAGGUCACCGGACUUCAACAUCAGUGCUCCAUCAGGAAAACUGAAAAUGCCAAAUUUCAAAGGCCCCACAUUUAAGGGAGAUAUGGGUUCACCAGACAUGAAUUUGGCUUUCCCUGAUGCAAAUUUGAAAGGGCCAAAACUAGAUGUGAAUUCCCCUGAUAUUGAUAUUGAUGGUCCUACAGGAAAAAUAAAAAUGCCUAAAACAAAAACACCCAAAUUCAGCAUUCCUGGCUUUAAAGGGCCUGACAUUGAUGUUAAAGGAGGCUUGAAAGGCCCAGAUUUGAGCAUGUCCUCUCCUAAAUUUGAUGCAGAUGUUUCUGGCCCUGACUUUGACAUUGAUGGACCCAAAGCUAAUGUUAAUGGUGUGACACUUCCAGACAUGCAUGUACCAUCAGGUAAAACAAAAAAGCCCAAAUUUAGGUUGGCUGAUUUUGGACUCUCAGGACCAAAAAUAAAGGCACCUGAGGUGGACCUCUCACUUCCUAAAAUGAAAGGAGAGAUAAACUCACCAAACCUCUCUGUCCCAGAGUUAGAUGUCAAUGUCCCAACAGGUAAAAUCAAAGGACCAACUCUUAAAGAACCAAAGGUUGAUAUCAAGUCACCGGACUUCAACAUCAAUGCUCCAUCAGGAAAACUGAAAAUGCCAAAUCUCAAAGGCCCCAACAUUAAGGGAGAUAUAAAUUCACCAGACAUGAAUUUGGCUUUCCCUGAAGGAGAUGUGAAAGGGCCAAACCUAUAUAUGAAUUCCCCUGAUAUUGACAUUGAUGGUCCUACAGGAAAAAUCAAAGUGCCUAAAACGAAAACACCUAAAUUUAGCUUUGCAGGUUUUAAAGGACCUGACACUGAUGUUAAAGGAGGCUUGAAAGGCCCAGAUUUGAGCAUGUCCUCACCUAAAUUUGAUGCAGAUAUUACUGGUCCUGACAUUAAUGGACCCAAAGCUAAUGCUAAUGGUGUGACACUUCCAGACAUGCAUGUACCAUCAGGUAAAACAAAAAAGCCCAAAUUUAGGUUGGCUGAUUUUGGACUCUCAGGACCAAAAAUAAAGGCACCUGAGGUGGACCUCUCACUUCCUAAAAUGAAAGGAGAGAUAAACUCACCAAACCUCUCUGUCCCAGAGUUAGAUGUCAAUGUCCCAACAGGUAAAAUCAAAGGACCAUCUCUUAAAGAACCAAAGGUUGAUAUCAGGGCACCUGAAUUUUCUUCAGGAAAACUGAAAAUGCCCAGUUUCAAACCCUCUAACAUUAAGGGAGAAAUAGAUUCACCAGACAUGAAUUUGGCUUACCCUGAAGCAGAUAUAAAAGGGGCAAAGCUAGAUGUGAACUCCCCUUAUAUUGACAUCGAUAGUCCCACAGGAAAAAUCAAAAUGCCCAAAGUGAACACACCAAAAUUUAGCCUUCCAAGUUUUAAAGGACAUGAGACUGAUAUCCAAGGAGACUUGGAAGGGCCAGAUUUACCCUUGACAUCCAAAAAAUUGAAUGCAGUAAUUGGUGCUCCUGAUAUUGACAUUGAUGCACGAAAACCUACAUUUCCAGACAUGGAUUUAAAAGUGCCCGGACUUAAGAUGCCCAAAUUAAGAUCAUCAGAUCCUAAAUUAAUGGCACCUGAGAUGGAUGCAUCACUUCCUCAGAUUAAGGGAGACAAUUCAGCUGACUUUAAUAUCAAAGGCUAUAAACCACACAUUUCCUCCCCUGACUAUGAUGAAUAUAUCCCUACAGGUAACAUUAAAAUGACCACUCCAAAUGUUGAUCUCAAAGGUCCUGACAUAGAUAGUGAUAUGACCUCAGGAAAACUGAAAAUGCCCAAAUUUGGACUUUCAAGUAAGAUGCCAAAACAUAAGGGGCAAAUUGAUGGCCAAGACAUUAAGGUACCUCUUCCUGAAGCUGAGUUGAAGAGUCCCAGACUGGAUUUGACAUCUCCAGAUAUCGACAUUGAUGGCCCAGCAACACCAACAUUUAGCAUCCCUGGAUUUAAAGAGCGUGAUAUUGAUUAUAAAGGUACCUGGGAGACGCCAGUAGACGUGAAAUAUCCUGAAAUUGGCACUGAUGGUCCGGAGAGUAAAUUCAAAUUACCAAAACUCACGACACCAAAAUAUGAUAUUCAAGGAUUUAACAACGCUGAUAUAAAAGCGCCAUAUUCAAACGUAUCUGCAAUGGAUUCUGAGUUUGGGAUUCCUGACUAUGUCACAACUGAUCUUAAAGGUCUCAAAACAGACCUUACACUUCCAGAUGUUGACUUGCCAUCAGGCAAAGUAAACUUGCCUGGCAGUGGCCCAAAUAAUCAUUACAAAUCUGACAUAAAAUAUCACCAGGGAAGAGAUGCAUCACAUGGCAGUAUUAAAAUUAAAAACAACUUGGAGUCUUUGGUAUCAGGCAUGGAACUUGAAGUACCAAAACAAUCCUUAAAGGGGUCAGUGUUUAAAAAGCGAACACUACUAUGAUGGGAUGGAUUUUCAUAUUGAUGGUAAUCUCUCUUUUUUUUUUUUACCACAGAAAGACAGGUCUUUCAAAAUAAUUCAUUUCAUGUACGUUGUGAAGAAUAUAUCAGGGUUAUAUUAAUAUUCACGUGUAAAUAUUUGAACAAAAACAUAUCACAAAUAUACACAAAAAACAUUAUAUACUAUCUUUUGUUACAACUUGUGUAUGUAUAUACAUUUUGUAUGCUUGCUUUGUACCACUAGCAGUUAAAAUAGAACCUUACACAUUCUUGCACUAGUACACUGGGAAAGUGUCGAAUUUUUGUGGGAUUUAAUGACGAUUACAAUGCAUUUGAAUGUUUUCGACAUUGUAAUAUAUUAUUGUUACCACUGUUAAAUGAAGUUUAAAUGUGCAAAACCUUCUUUGGUGUAAAGCUAAAAUUCAUAUCAAACACAUGACCGUGAAGAUGUAUUAGUAAUUUGUGCUUUUUUGGGGUAUUUUAAAACGGAUGUAAAAUAAAUGUUUACAAAAUUA